GCUGUGGGACUCUGCAGGGUGAGAGGUCGGAGUGGAGAGGUCCCUGAAGGAUUUGACAACCAGUAGAUUUGAAACGCUGCUCUGCAUGUCAGCAUCACACUCGAGUUAGCUUCAGCUAAUCUCCGAAGCAAAGGAAUACUACAGCAGCUGCUCGUCCCUUUAAACCCAGAGUAGGCCUGACUUGGAGCUACCUCUGAGGAUCUCUUUGUGAAGUUAGUCCAGGUCCCUGGAUGCCCCGCGGCGCACCGUCCUCGGCCGCGCAGUGCUUCCCAAUGGCCGGGAGUUGACCCCGCCCACCAGGAUGACGCUGCGCGAGCAGCUGAGAGAGAAGAUCUCGGCGGCCUUCUACCGCCACGGGCUGCUGUGUGCCUCCUACCCAGUACCCAUCAUCCUCUUCACCUCCGCCAGCAUCCUCACCUGCUGCUAUCCAUUAUUGAGGCUUCCCCUGCCUGGGACGGGUCCUGUGGAGUUCACCACAGGGGUGCGAGACUACAGCGUCCCUUCCCAUGAGCCCCAGGGAGACCUCGGUGAACGGCCCGACUGGUAUCGGGGUCCUCCGGUCGCCUACAUCCAGCAGGUGUUGGUGAAGGCGGCGGUGUCUCCGUGGGACAGCAACCUGGUGCCGGUGGACGUGUUUCGGUCGCCGCUCGGUCGAGUCUUCAGCUUGCUGGAGGAGAUCCGCAAUCAUGUCCAAACCGAUAGCUCUGGGAUUCGCGGUCUAGAGUCGCUGUGUCUUCAGGUAACGGACCUGUUCCCGGGGUUACGGCGGAUGCAGUCUGUGCUGCCAGAGCACGGAUGCCUGCUUCUUUCUCCCAGCAACUACUGGCAGAACCAGCGGGAGCUGUUCGACUCCGACCCCGACCUCCUCAAGACGAUUCAGAAACAUGAACCCAAAGGCCUGCACACCUCGGCCACGCUGCGAGACCUGCUGUUUGGCGUUCCUGGGAAGUACACUGGGGUCAGUCACUACAACAGGAAGAGGGUUGUGACGUACACGAUCACUGUAGUGCUGUCCAGCUACGAUGCUAGGUUCCUGGGCAGCCUGCGGGCCCGCUUGAAGCAACUCCACCCAUCAGCCAACUGCAGCCUGAGGGACGACCACAUGGUUCACGUUCACUUCAAAGAGGAGAUUGGCAUCGCUGAGCUCAUCCCCCUCGUCACCACAUACAUCAUCCUUUUCGCCUACAUCUACUUCUCCACACGUAAGAUCGACAUGGUGAAGUCUAAGUGGGGUCUGGCUCUGGCUGCUGUGGUCACAGUCCUCAGCUCCCUGCUGAUGUCUGUGGGACUGUGUACUCUGUUUGGACUGACACCAACGCUGAAUGGAGGAGAGAUUUUUCCAUACCUGGUGGUGGUGAUCGGUUUGGAGAACGUCUUGGUGCUCACCAAGUCGGUGGUGUCCACGCCGGUCGACCUUGAAGUCAAACUGCGCAUUGCUCAGGGUCUUAGUAAUGAGAGCUGGUCUAUCAUGAAGAACAUGGCCACUGAACUGUGCAUCAUCCUCAUCGGAUAUUUCACGCUGGUGCCGGCGAUCCAGGAGUUCUGUCUGUUUGCUGUAGUGGGGCUGGUGUCUGACUUCUUCCUGCAGAUGUUCUUCUUCACCACGGUGCUCUCCAUCGACAUCAGACGCAUGGAGCUGGCCGACCUGAACCGCCGCCUGCCAGCCGAAGCCGGCCUACCACCACCCAAGCCUGGCCCGCUGCGCCCACGUGAGGUCCCCCCUCCACCUCGACCCUCCCCCCACACGAUCACCCUGCAGACCCCGGCCUUCAGAAACCUGAGGCUCCCCAAGAGGCUGCGCGUGGUGUACUUCCUGGCACGCACACGCCUGGCACAGCGAAUCAUCAUGGUUGGCACAGUGAUCUGGAUCGGUAUCCUCGUCUACACCGACCCUGCUGGAAUACGCACCUACCUUGCUGCUCAGGUGUCCGAGCAAAGCCCUCUGGGAGACCCCGGAGGAGCCGGUCUGCCUCCUCACCUGGGAGUAGCCCCCGUCUUUCGUGGCGGGGACCCUACCAGCACCCUCAGCAUCCACCCUGCACCCGAUCCAACUCCCUUACCUGAGAACCAAUCACAGGGCCACCAUGGCCCGGCCAGGGCGGGGCUUCUCCCUCAGGCUCCACCUCCUGUGCCGCAGAUCACCUGGGGGGCGGAGGAUGAGGAGGGCUGGAGGAGGCUGUCCUUCAGGCACUGGCCGUCUCUGUUCAGCUAUUACAACAUCACGUUAGCGAAGAGGUACAUCAGCAUCCUGCCUGUCAUUCCUGUCACCGUUCACCUGAGCCCCCAGGAGGCUAUCGAGACACGUCACCCUCAGGACACCAGACAUCCUCCUCCACCCAUUCCCAAAGUGUCUGCAGAUCUACAAACAGACCUCACCCUCUACAAGGUUGCAGCUCUGGGCCUGGCAGCCGGCGUCCUCCUGGUCCUGCUGCUCUUCUGUCUCUACCGGGUUCUCUGCCCCCGCAAUUACGGGCAGAACGGCAUCCCUCACGGGCGCAGACGCCGCGGGGACCUGCCCUGCGACGAUUACGGCUACUCGCCACCCGUCAGCGAGAUCUCACCUCUGCUGCUCAGGGGCCACAGCAUGGACAUCGAGUGCUUGGCCAGUGAUGGGAUGCUGCUGGCCAGCUGCUGUCUGGCAGGACAGAUCCGGGUUUGGGACGCGCAGACUGGAGACUGUUUGACCGUUAUACCAAAACCUGGGUUGAGGCGAAGCAGCAGCAAUGGUUGCUGGGAGCAGCGUGACGGCUGGGACAGCAUGGGCGGAGCCUCCGAGUCCGAGUGUUUGGGCUCUGAAAAUCGUGGCCUCUCCAUCAAUGGUGACGGUCUGAUGGAGGAGGAGGGCUACCCGCUGAGGCGCCGCUCCGCUCCCACCCGACCGACUCUCUUCAACGACCAGCCCGACCUCACCCCGCUCAUCGACACCAACUUCACCUCCACGCCCCCCUCCCACCUCCUCUCCACCCCGCCCAGAGCGGGCUUUGACUUUGGAGGUCUGGUGGAGCGGGCUUACAUGGAGCACGAGCCCCCCUCGCCCUCCGCCUACCCCUCUCCUUCAUCUACCUCCUCAUCCCCGCCCACAGGGGCUCAGCUGCAGAGGAGGCCAAGCUUAGGGGACAUAGCAGCAGCUUUACCCCAAGAGAGACCCUCCAUGUCAGGGCCACAGGCGGACUGGGAGAGCUCCGUGUGGGCCAUGGAGCUGAGAGGAAACCUGAUCGCUGCUGGGAGGAGCAGCGGGAAACUGGAGUUGUGGGACGCAGUUGAAGGAUCGUUACGCUGCUGUAAUGAAGAUGGAGUCUCUGGGAUCACAGCUCUGGCCUUCCUCAACAACAGAAUCGUAGCGGCUCGGCUGAACGGGUCUCUAGAUUUCUUCACUGUUGAGAUAAACAAACCUCUGUGUCUGCUGCAGUACAGAGGAGCUCCCGGGCGAGGCAGCGUGCCUCCCUCUCCCUGUUACAGCAGCGAGGACGUGAUCAGCUGUCAGCUCACGCGCUCGGUUCAGUGCGCUCACCAGAAGCCGAUCACUGUGCUGCGAGCGGCCGCCGGGAGGGUCGUCACCGGCAGCCAGGACCACACUGUCCGGAUUUAUCGUCUGGAGGACUCGUGUUGCCUCUUCACCCUGCAGGGUCACUCUGGAGGGAUCACAGCCAUCUACAUAGACCAGACGAUGGUUCUGGCAAGCGGUGGGCAGGAUGGCGCCAUCUGCCUGUGGGACGUCCUGACAGGCAGCCGUGUCAGCCAUGUGUAUGGUCACCGUGGGGACGUCACCUCUCUGGUCUGCACCACCUCUUGUGUCAUCAGCUCAGGACUGGAUGACCUCAUCUGUAUCUGGGACCGGAGCACGGGGAUCAAACUGUACUCCAUACAGCAGGAGGCCGGCUGCGGUGCAAGUCUAGGCGUGAUCUCAGAGUCCCUCCUAGUGACGGGGGGUCAGGGCUGCGUCUCGUUCUGGGACCUGAACUUUGGGGACCUCCUGCAGACGGUCUACCUGGGACAGAGCAGCGACGGGCAGGGCGUCCGGCAGCUGCUGGUGCUCGACAACGCCGCCAUCGUCUGUGACUUCGGCAGCGAGCUCAGCCUGGUGUACGUGCCGUCGGUGUUGGAGAAGCUGGACUGAGGCAGGUGAUGUUAGCUGAACAUCCCUUCUCCUCUUCAUCACCUUUUGGGUUUUCCUUUGUUGUUCUGGCACUCAAAGGAAACACGACCAUAAGGAGUACACGCCUGGAUGUAACGAGCACAGGACUGAUUGUCGUGUGACCUGCUGCAUUCUCUCUGAGGACGACCGGCUCGAACUCUUCUGAGCGCCGUUCAGCAGAGAUCUGGAGUCACCAGUUUGUGCUUUUGCGUGCGUGCGUGUGUGUGUGUGUGUGUGUGUGUUUAUUUCGUGGCUCUGCCCUCUAUGCUGCUGACACGGGCGGGGCUUCACUGUGACCCCCCCGCCCACCCUGAGAGGAAGAUAAACUGUCUCCUUAUUUUUUAAAAUAUUCCUGCUGCCUCUUACGCUCGACGGCGAAGGUGCAGCCACCGUUAGCCCGGCGGGGUCCGCCGCGGCUCGACGUUAAUGUCCAUGACGAAUGAAAUCAGAGCUCUUUUUACGACGAAACCCUGCUGAGAACAAAAACUGUUUGGUUCUGAGUGAAGCGUGUGUGUGUGAGAGUGUGUGUGAGAGAGUGUGUGUGUGAGGGAGAACAGAUGAUUACUGUACAAAGUGAGCCUCCAGAGGGGGCUGUUUUUAUAUGUAUAAAUCUAUUAUUUAUUAGUGACACAUUUUGGAAUAACAGUUUGUUUAUGAAUUGCUAAUCCCGGCUCUUAAAGGAGAACACCAUCAUGUGGAGGUGAUGAUUUCAUGUACGGCGGUGAUGAUUGGUCAGCAGGGUUGGGGAUGUUUUGUGAUACUGAACUGGAAAACAUUGAAGUGUUGUUUUUGGGGUUACUGAUGCUGUACGAAGGGGGGGGGGCGUCCCCCCUCCCCCAUGCUGUGGCCCCUCUGCCCUGCGUGCUACACCUUCAUCAGGCUACCUCCAUUUUCCAAACUGCUUGAAUACUGAAGUCAUGUUUACAAUGACUGCUUCUUCUUCUUUUUUUUUCAUUUUGUGCCCUUUAGAGAUUUUAUUUUACAACCACUGUUUACUUCAAAAACUCUUUCAGAUCCACGAUCCUUCUAACGAACACAAAGAGCUUCACCGUGCGUCUGUCGUCAUCCCCGUGAUGUUGGUGUAACCUUUGACCUGAGGAGCUUCUUCUGAAGCAGAGAGAGAAAACAAAGGAGACACAAUCAUAAUCAAAUAGACCCCACAGCACCUCUCAUUUAGAGGCUCAAAACUACCUGCUGUAGUAAACUAGACUCUCGACCCCCACUGUCCCUCAAAGUGAUUUCAUGUGGCUUCAUUUAGCUGCUCUGCAGAAAAUGACCUUACCUAUAUGAGCAUGUGUCUGUGUUUCCUAUGCUGUUAUGAAUUAAUCUACUGCUACUGAUGCUUUAGAUAAUUAACUAUUCACUAACCCUAAACUUAGGAGUCAUCUUGCAAAAAGAAAGGCAGAAAACUCAUUACAUUUUCUAUUUUCAAGGUUUUAUUUCAAGCUUAGCUACUAUUUCUGUCCAUAUUUUGUGCUAUAAUGGGUAAAAUGAAGUAUUUUUAGACAUUCUGGAAGACAUCUAUGCAUCAGUCUGUUUUUAAAUGCAGAAUUCAGCAUCCAUCUUCAUCAGGUUCCCUUUUUUAAUCCAAUGAUUCUUCCUGGUUUUAUGGUGGGGGUUUCCUCGUCAGUUUAAACCCUGAACUGAUUUUUUACUACAUCUUUUAAUCAAUAACACCUUAGCUUGAUAUAACACCCAGAAAUGUGCCAUCAUGAUAAGACAAUGCGAGCCUCAGCAGCUGUAACUGAUCCACUUCAGAGCUCCACACUGAAACUGCAGGACUACUAAAGUCUGUUGCACUUACAGAGGACAGAUGAGGACCAGCAAACCAACACAAUGUGAAGAAAACACUGACGUAAUAUUUCAACAAACUUCAAAUAAUAUGCACAACUCCUUAUGAUGGAGGUGUUUAGUUUGAAAGGCAACUCUGCAGCUUUGCUGAGAGAAAAUGAUUCACUCUGCCACAUUGAGUGAUGUAAGACUUUAUGUUAUUGUAACAUGUUUACUCAACUUACAUGGUGGGGCUUUGAGGUAGAUCUAUGUUAGAAAUCCAUCCAUCCAUCUUCCUCCGCUGCAGCAGACUCAGCAGGGAAGCCCAGACCUUCCUCUCCCCGGCCACUUCCACCAGCUCCCCUGGGAGGAUACCGAGGCGUUCCCAGAUCAGCUGAGAGAUAUAAUCUCUCCAGUGUGUCCUGGGUCUUCCCCAUGGCCUCCUCCCAGACAGAUAUGCCCGAAACACCUCCCCAGGGAGACGUCCGGGAGGCAUCCUGACAAGAUGCCCGAACCACAGCAGCGGCUCUACUUUGAGUCUGAGCUCCUGACCCUCUCUCUAAGUCUGAGCCCAGACACCCUGCAGAGAAGGAUAAUUUUGGCCGCUUGUAUUCGCCAUCUUUUUCUUUUGGUCACUACCCACAGCUCGUGACCGUAGGUGAGGGUUGGAACGUAGAUUGACCGGUAAAUUGAGAGCUUUGCCUUCUGGCUCAGCUCUCUCUUCACGACGACAGAACAGCACGGACAGCACCAAUCUGUCUGUCAAUUUAGCCCUCCCUCUCCCCUCACUCGUGAACAAGACCCCAAGAUACUUAAUACUUUAACUGCUCCGCCUGGGGCAAAGACUCUCCUCCGACCUGUGCAAGCCACCCUUUCCCAACUGAGUACCAUGACCUCAGACUUAGAUGUUUCAAAUGUUGCACAGAAAAUGUGCAAAUCAACUACCUGUUCUCUUAAAAAAAAAAAACUUAAAUAGUGUUAGAUAGUUACAUUGAGAACUCAAAAAAUUAUAAGAAUUUUUCAGAUUUUUCCUUCAUUUUUUUCUUGGAUUUUACCUCUAAAAAAUUGCUUUUUUUCCUCAAAAUGUGUAAAAAAAAGUUAAAUUUAAUCUUGUUUCCUCUUCUAGUUUUAACACAUUUACUAGAACCCCAACAGAAAGAAUAAGGCACCUCUCAAAGCUGUAAAGUAAUUUGGAAAAUGCUGAAAUGCUCUUCAUAGAUGAAAUUAAAAAACUGUCUCUAACAUUUUAAAUCAAAAUCAACAGAAGACUAAACUUCAGGACUUUGAAACCCUUUGUGUUCCCUCCUCUCUCUCCUCCCUCCUGCUGGAAGAAAGAAGCUCUGCAGGUUUCAGACUUCCACCAACACCACCCAGAAUGUAUCUCCUCCUGAUCAUCCAUCUACUGUAGCGUUCAUCUGAAUGUAAUCCCAACAAGGUGUGACGAACAAAUCCAGCGACUCCAUCCUCCACGGGGGGGUCGCAUCACGACACUAACUCAAUGCACUACGUACCGCCCCUCUCUGGGCGCUUUUCAAACGCCGGCUUACUUAUAGGAAGACUGGAUUAAUUUCACACCUGCAGGCAGCACUAGUAAACACGCACACUGACGACUCUGUGAGGCCGGGGGUCAGGGUCUGGUUUUUAAUGGGACUCGGUGACAGAGUCCAAAACAAGCAGCUGAUGACGAGUGAGGAGUGUUCAUAGUCUUUCUGUAACAUGAAGAGACGAGUAGACGCCUGCUGUUGCUGCGUCCCGUUGAAACCAGACUCUGGAUCUCCUCGGCGUUGUUACCUGUUAAUUUAUUAGUUUGUGUUUUUUGUUAUUAACGGUAGUGUCGAGCUUUAGAAACGGGGAAAUGUGUAGCUUUUAUUUUUUUGUUCUGUAGCUGAAGAUGGACAAAGGGGGAUGGUUUUCACUCUGUGGUGGAGAGCUGGGAUGAGGAGCGAAGAGGUGUGUGUCAUCACGGCCUGAUUCCACCAGAUCCGUGUCCGGUCCAUCACAGUUUCUAUUCUAGUCAAUGUGUUAACUUCCACUGGAUCCGCUCCGUUCGUUCUGGCUGCGUCUCUGAUCCGGCAGGUUGGAGACCUCUGGAUCCGAGACGCAGGACUUCUAUCUUUGCCGGAUGCCGGAGCACGACGCAUCAAACCCAACAGAGCAGAUGGAGCGGGACAGGAAGUCAGGUUUCACCAAAACAAAAUGAAAACAUCCGGUUGAUUUUCAGAAUAAAACACUCUGUGUUAUCACCAGAUCGUAUUUUACAGAUGAGGAUUAGGGCCAUGGAAAAAUAUAUAUAUAUAUCAUUUUUUUUAUUAUUAUUAUUAUUAUUAUGAGAAAAAGUCAGAAUCCUGAGAAUCCAGAAUUUUGAGAUUAAGUAAGAAUUAUGGGAUUAAAGUCAGAAUUCUGACUUUUUUCUCACAAUAAUUUGACCUUCAUUUUUUAUAGUUUUCCAGUGGCCCUAAUCUUCUUCCUUAGCUUUCAAUUUAACUACAACAACAAACCUUCAUGGUGAGUGGAGCCAGGCCUGGAGUCAACAGGUCAGAGAUUUUCAGAGGACCAGAAAGACAACAUGGAUGAGGAGAGGAGGAGAAUCCUUGAUUCAGUGAUUACUGCAGGGAAAACCUCGGUCCCAUGACUCCAGCUGUCCGGUGGUCCUGCUCCGUGCUGCGUUCGGAGCCAGAUGGGACACAGAUCUGGUGGAAGUCCUGUGUCAGUCUCUUCGAGUUCCUCUCCAUCAUGAAGAGAAAUCAGACUAUUCCUGGAAGGAGAACGGUGUGGACAUGUCAGUGGAGUCUUAGCUUUUUGAAUGUUUUCAUCACAUAUGGACUUUGCCUUGUACGAUAAUCCAUAUCAAACACUCACUGAAGACUUCCUGCUCUGCUUUGUCGUAGCAUCAUAUCAGCGGUUUGAGGACGCAGCCAUGAUGUCAUCUUUCUUAUCUUUAGUCGUUAAAAGAAGAAAAAGAUGAUGUCAUGGCUGACAUUUAAUGCUCUGAUUGAAGAUGUCUCUCCUCAAACAGUCGUGAGAGCUCCAACAAUUAAGUCUCCUCUUAGCUCCGCCCCCUCUGUCCUCCUCUUCUAAUUGGCUAGCUACAAUCUACGCAGGCUGUAGUAGUGGAGGUAACUUAUUUACUAUUUUGUAACACAAACCAGUGCAAGACUUUUUACUAAUUUUCAAAUAAAGAGGCUUUGAUACCACGUCA